AUGGAUACCGAAGCUACGCAGAGAGCGAAGAAGGGUGGGAAAGAAAGGAAAAGAAAAACAGCGCCAAAGGAAGGUCGAGGGACAGGAGAAGAGGAGGAGGAGGUGGAGGUGGAGGGCGAGCCAGAAAAGGACACGCUGAGCCAAUUCGACGGGACAGUACUGCCGGGUAAUUCCCCGUCACAGCAGCGUAUUGGUAACUUUACCGGGGUUGAGCACCACUCCCUGGAAAGGCUUUCAGCGAUGAAAGUAUACGAACAAGAACGUGGUAUUUCCAGAAAAACUGGUCAGUGCUGUACCAAGGGGAUCAAUAUCCAUGUACCUCCUCUCUCGUACACCGCCGGUAACUUUAAAUUACCCGCCCAGGCUAGCCUUCCCCUUGUGACUCGGACUCGGGACUCACCCACCAACCACUAA